UGCCUGGGCUUGUCCUAAUUCCAGAGGCGCCUCUUGUGACUUGGAGGCCGACGACCCGCGUUGGUAAGGGUCCCCUUCGGGGAGGGUCACGGCGAGCGGACACCUGGACAUGCCUCGGGCGCGCCAUGGACCCGAGGCAGGGGUGUUCCCUCAACAGAUACCAAACCCAUCCCGUUCAAGGCUAUGAGCACAGCAAGCUCAGACACCAGCAGCCGGGGCUGGGAUCUUAUCCUAAUAGUUUCCAGCUCCAGCAAAUAGAGUUUCUCAAGGGGCAACUCCCAGAAGCACCCCUAAUUGGAAAGCAGGCACCAUCACUGCCACUGUUCCUUCCUGGACUCGGGCCAAGGUUUCCAGGACCACCUGCCAGAGGCGGGUACCUUCAGAUCCCGGGUGUCCCCAGGGGCGUGCCUCUCAGAAGUCAGGUGCUCCCAGGAGGGUUCCAGCAUCCUACCCCACGUGGCUGGGUUCAGCCAUGGAGAGGUGUUGAUAGGCUCUCCUCACGUUUCCAGGAACUGACUAUCAGCCAGAAUCAGGAGCAAAGGAUCUUAGAGCUCUUGAAGGAGCUUGGGGAAGGGAAGGCCACCACAGCGCUUGAUCUGGCCAGGAAACUCCAAGCCCAAAAGAAGGAAAUCAAUCAAGUUUUAUACUCUCUGGCAAAGAAGGGUAAGCUGCAUCGGGAGGCAGGAACGCCCCCUUUGUGGAGACUUUCAGUUCCGGUUCAGGCUCGGAACCAGCCCAGCCAAGUAGCGAGAGCAGACAGUCAUAGCCAGGGAGCUCCAAGCUCAGACUUCAGUUUGGAAACUGAAGACAGAAGCCUCACAUCUGGCUUGGAAGAUCCUCCUGAGCCUCUCGACAUGGCUGAGAUCAAGGAAAAGAUCUGCGAUUACCUGUUUAAUGUGUGCAACUCCUCUGCCCUGAAUUUGGCUAAAAACAUUGGCUUCACCAGGGCCCGAGAUGUGACUGCCGUGCUGAUUGACUUGGAAAGGCAGGGGGACGUCUACAGGCAAGGGACAACCCCUCCCAUAUGGCAUUUGACCGAUAAGAAGCGGGAGAGGAUACAGAUCAAGAGAAACACGAACAGCGUUCCGGAAACCACUCAAGCUGCUAUCCAGGAGACCAGAAAAAUCGCAGAGCUCCCCACCUGCAACUUACCUGCGUCAGAUGCCUCAAACAGCAUGGACACCACAGAAAAAGUGGAGAAUGGGCAGGAACCCAUCAUAAAGUUAGAAACUAGGCAAGAGGUCACACCAGAACCAAUAAAACUGAAACCACCUGUUCAUGACAAUGGCCCCUCCAAAACAGGGUAUGUUGACUUUGAAAAUGGCCAGUGGGCCACAGAUGACAUCCCAGAUGACUUGAAUAGUAUCCACGCGGCACCAGGUGAGUUUCGAGCCAUCAUGGAGAUGCCCUCCUUCUACAGUCAUGGCUUACCACGGUGUUCACCCUACAAGAAACUGACAGAGUGCCAGCUGAAGAACCCCAUCAGCGGCCUGUUAGAAUAUGCUCAGUUCGCUAGUCAGACCUGUGAGUUCAACCUGAUAGAGCAGAGUGGACCACCCCAUGAACCUCGGUUCCAAUACUGCGUUGCAAUGGGAACCCAUACUUUCCCCACUGCCAGUGCUCCCAGCAAGAAGGCGGCAAAGCAGAUGGCUGCAGAGGAAGCCAUGAAGGCCCUGCAAGGGGAGGCGACAGGCUCAACGUCUUCUGAUGACCAGCCCGGAAGUAUGAACACGGAAUCAUUUGAUAACUUGGAAUCGGUGAUGCCCAGCAAGGUCAGGAGGAUUAGCGAGCUCGUCAGGUACCUGAACACCAACCCCGUGGGCGGCCUGUUGGAGUACGCCCGCUCCCAUGGCUUUGCUGCUGAGUUCAAGUUGGUCGACCAGUCCGGACCUCCUCAUGAGCCCAAGUUCGUUUACCAAGCAAAAGUUGGGGGUCGCUGGUUCCCAGCCGUCUGCGCACACAGCAAGAAGCAAGGCAAGCAGGAAGCAGCAGAUGCGGCCCUCCGCGUCUUGAUUGGGGAGGACGAGAAGGCAGAGCGCAUGGGUUUCACAGAGGUAACCCCAGUGACAGGGGCCAGUCUCAGAAGAACUAUGCUCCUCCUCUCAAGGUCCCCAGAAGCACAGCCAAAGACACUUCCUCUCACAGGCAGCACCUUCCACGACCAGAUAGCCAUGCUGAGCCACCGGUGCUUCAAUGCUCUCACCAACAGUUUCCAGCCCUCCUUGCUUGGCCGCAAGAUCCUGGCUGCCAUCAUCAUGAAGAAAGACUCUGAAGACCUGGGUGUCGUGGUCAGCUUGGGGACAGGGAAUCGCUGUGUGAAAGGAGAUUCUCUAAGCCUAAAGGGAGAAACCGUCAAUGACUGCCACGCAGAGAUCAUCUCCCGGAGAGGCUUCAUCAGGUUUCUCUACAGCGAGUUAAUGAAGUACAACCCCCAGACUGCGAAGGAUAGUAUAUUUGAGCCUGCUAAGGGAGGAGAAAAGCUCCAAAUAAAAAAGACCGUGUCGUUCCAUCUCUAUAUCAGCACGGCCCCAUGUGGCGAUGGUGCCCUCUUUGACAAGUCCUGUAGCGACCGUGCUGUGGAGAGCACAGACUCCCGCCACUACCCUGUUUUUGAGAAUCCCAAACAAGGCAAGCUCCGCACCAAGGUAGAGAACGGAGAAGGCACAAUCCCAGUGGAGUCCAGUGACAUUGUGCCCACGUGGGAUGGCAUUCGGCUGGGGGAGAGACUCCGAACCAUGUCCUGUAGUGACAAGAUCCUGCGUUGGAACGUGCUCGGCCUGCAGGGGGCGCUGUUGACCCACUUCCUGCAGCCUGUGUAUCUCAAAUCCGUCACACUGGGUUACCUUUUCAGCCAAGGGCAUCUGACCCGUGCCAUUUGCUGUCGUGUGACAAGAGAUGGGAGUGCGUUUGAGGAUGGACUCCGACAUCCCUUCAUUGUCAACCACCCCAAGGUUGGCCGAGUCAGUGUAUACGAUUCCAAGAGGCAAUCCGGGAAGACCAAGGAGACAAGCGUCAACUGGUGUUUGGCUGACGGCUAUGACCUAGAGAUCCUAGAUGGGACCAGAGGCACCGUGGAUGGGCCACGGAAUGAAUUAUCCCGGGUCUCCAAAAAGAACAUUUUCCUUCUAUUCAAGAAGCUCUGCUCCUUCCGGUACCGCAGGGAUCUACUUAGACUCUCCUAUGGUGAAGCCAAGAAAGCUGCCCGUGACUACGAGAUAGCCAAGAACUACUUCAAAAAAAGUCUGAAGGACAUGGGCUACGGGAACUGGAUAAGCAAACCCCAGGAGGAAAAGAAUUUUUACCUCUGCCCAGUGUAGUGUGAUCCGGUGACUGAUGGGUCAGGGUGUUUCACACUGGGGUGAGAGAGAGAGGUCGUAGCAUUCCUCAUCACAUUGGUCAAGGGUUUUUGGUUUUUGGUUUCCUUUUUGUUUUGUUUUGUUUUUGUUUUUAAAUGGAACCACAACUGGUAACACUGAGAACUUUGGGUUCCUGUUUUUCCUGCUUUCUUUGGGAUUACUAGGCCAGGUCUAGCCAUCCCCCUUCUCUUUUCCCAAGCAGAGGGGUAGAAACCUAAGGGCAGAGGGAAGGGGUUGUUCCUUCUUUGCGCCCACUUCCUCUUCCUUCUUCGUUUUUUCCUGUUUCCGUCCCCUUUGUGUUUGCUACACUGACCUCUUGUGGUCUCGAUUAGGUUCCAGUCAACAGUGUGAAUCAUGCCAGGGACUGAUGAUUUUUCAUUUGUGGCUUCUGAGGCCCCUCUGCUUCCCCUCCUCCCCUUCUGAGAUUCCUUCUUCAUGAUCAUUAAGUUCUACCUUUUCCUCCAAGAGGGUAAAGAGGUGAACUUAAAGAAUUUGGUGAAACAUUUAUAAGGGCAGGAGUUUAAAACGGCAGUCAGCUUGUUACCAGUGCCAAGCGUGAUCAGAAUCUGCAGAUAACGCUCAGUCACCUUCGGAUCGUGCACUUUAGCCGGCUUGGGAGGGGCCCAGAGGCAGGGCAGGCUGCUGCCUGGGACGUGCAUCCCUUCCGCAGGUGGCAGGGAAGGCUGGGACCAGCCAGACGGGGCUAAAGGAAUUGCCCAAGCAAUAGGGGAAGUCUGCCCUGCAGGGGUGACACAGACCACUUCCUGGGGAAGCAGACAUAUCUUGGAAUGUUGCCAAGCUCCCAGCUGUCCCUCCUAAAGCAUUGCUAGGAAUUUGUCCUACCAAUGGGGGAAGUAGCGCCACAGACCCCAACCAACUGGUAGGAAAAAACCCAGGAUAAAUCCUAGAGGGUAAAUCAUCUCUGCUCAGAUAAUCAGGACCUAGCAGGAAUAAGGGCAAAAAAUCAUGUUGGGUCAGAUCACUGUUCCACCCAGCAUGUUUCUUAUGACAGUGACGCCAAGGGAAGGUGAUUAAGUCAUGGGUAAAUUGGGAGUUUUAAAAAGAAUGCUUUAAAUGUUGAUUCCUAACAGCUACAGAUAACCUGUAAUUGCACAGAUUUAAAAGUCAGAUGUCAUUUGCCAUUGAUUAACCAAGUGCUUUUGUUUCUCCUGAUAGCUUCAGAAGGUUGUUUGCGGGCGGGUCACAGACCUGAGGUCUCCCUGCCUGCUAGGGAAUCUUUAUAGGGUUGACAUUCAACAGUAGUUCUAGGUGAAAGGGCAGGUUGUCCUAAAACUCUGUGAGAUGGGACCCUUGGUCUACACCUCAAGGUACUGUGGACUCUUGUCAGAGCCUUCGACUCUCUGUGGGGUCUGGCUCUGGGCCUAAGCCAGCCAGACAUGCUCAAGAAACGUACAGAGGCCCUGCCCCCUCCAGGCCUGAGCCUGCCUCCUUCCUCUGGAUGAUUCCUCUAUUGUAUCUGUGAACAUGCCGAGCCAGUGCCCUCAGACGAUUUUCCGUCCUCCCCCACACCCGGCAAGCUCCUGACUAGUUAACCCCCCGUCUGUCCCACCUCUUCAGCGGUGGAUACAUCCGCAUCCACACAUUUAUUCUUGUGGCUACCGUUCUCUCUGUACUUUUGACCAAAGUGAGAAAACGUAAGUCUUUAAAUACACUAAGGAUAUCUUUGCGGAACACCAAAGUGUCCCAAGGAACUAGGAGGGAAACCGUGCCUGUCUUCUCGGGGGGAAGGGGCCUGCCCCCCGGUCCUGUGAAUCUCCUGAUGGCACACAAAAUCAGUCCUGCCCCAGGAGGCAGCUCAUCUCCCUAGUUCUUCAGGCUAGAGGGUAUCACCUACUGAUUCCUCGGCAUGUUCGGCCCCUGUGGACCAUCUUGGGCAUUGGAAUCUCCUGCAGAGCUCAGACUCGGCUGCCUCUUCUUUAACCGGGAACACGGGCACUCUCAAAAGGUCAGAGCCCCUGCUUGCCCCAAGAUCUUGUCUAGCGAACUUACAGUAUUCAGCUUCUGUUGUAGGGAGAGAGCAAGGCUUCCCUGUACCCAUGCAUCUGCUGGAAACAAGCCUGUGUCAGGCCCUGCGCGGCCGUGCCCACCCCUGCCCCUCUGAGUCACAUGGGACAGAGGCAGAACUCCCACCUAGAGUGUUCUCUUCACUUUUUCGUCCAAUCUUUGUUUUUAGUAAGCAAGACCUUUUUCUCUUUUUUUUAAUGAUCUUUGUAGUUGAUUUGUCUGAACUGUGGCUAUUGUGCAUUUUUUGAAUAAUCACUUGUAAAAACUG